AUGACCGUUGCCCUGCGCGUGUUCAUGACGACCACAUCUCAACUAAUCGUCUCUUUCAUCGUCAACUCGGCGAUUGUCGCUCUGACUCUACUGGCCCGACUGGAAUCCGCGGGUUCGACUGCGCAUGCACCACGGGGCACUCUAUACAAAGAUCCAGAUGGACAAGCUACGCCCUCUUCUGCUGCGCGGUACACUACCAUGAUGCCCAAGACGUAUCUGUGCUUCUUCGCUUUGGUUGGAGCUGUUGUGUCGACGGGGAUGACUUUCUACACAGCAUUGACAACACGUCUGUCACCGCACGGGUCGGUCCUCACGUAUCUGCAUUCGAUGCCAUGGAUCUUGAUCUUGGGACAAUGCAUCUUUCUCGUUCACGCCAAGCACCCACGGCAGACCUUCCGGACGGGGAUUUAUAUCGGCCUCUCCGCCAGCCUGCUACUGUUCAACCUGAGUCCAAGAUUGCUUGCGCUGAGUGCCAGAUAUGAUCCCCAGCAAGUGAUUUCCAAAUGUCUCCGGACGCAAUGGAUUGACCUCAGCGUGCAAAUGGCGCUCGGCUCUGCCGUCAUCCUGAGCUCCCUGUCCAUGCACCGGCGGCCCGCCGUAUACCGGAAUGGUAGCAUUGUCGACGGUCAAUUCACCGUCUCACUCCUCCAAAGGUCGGGCCUACGAUGCCAUUCCUCUCUUUGCUGCUGCACGAUGAUUAGAAAACUGUGCCUAAUUAAGAAUCGGUCCCAACACCUGACGUCUCACUUUGAGUCGUCUGCGGCUAAGGAUCUCGCCGCGCCGCUGUGGUUGCAGCUCUAUCGCGCCCAUCGUCGCGUCUUCUGGUGGCAGUGGUUCCUGGUCGCCGUGCAGAACGUGGUCGCCUACGCCCCCCAGUUCUGCCUCUUCCACAUUCUCCGGAUCCUUGAGGGCCAGGGAGAUGUCUCUCGUGUCACGACAGAAUUGCUCAUGUGGGCAAUUGCCAUGGGGCUUUCGCGGGUAGUGUUGGUGUUUGUGGAUACUCGACUCAAUUGGGCCACGGGAUCGCUGCUAGAAAUUCCCUUGCGAUCGCAGCUGUCUGCCUUGAUCUUUCUCAAGUCUCUAAGCCUGAAGGACAUCAGGACCCCGAAUGAGGAGAGUGAGAACGAAUCGACGGAGACGGUCGGGGUAGGAAAGGCGCCCAAGGCCGAAGAUGAUGCAGAGCAUGUUGAUCUAACGGGGCUGUUGUCCGAUGAUGAGGGCACAGAAAUUGACACCGAGCCGGUUCCCUUGCUCGAGAUGUCCUCCGAUGCCCAAUCCCGCGCGGCGACGACCCGGCCCCAGCCUAAACCCCGGCCCCGGCUGAGCGCGGAGCAGGGCAUUGUCAACCUGCUCGGGGUGGACGCGACGCGGGUAGUGGAGUUCGUUGCCCGGACGUACAUCUUCCUGGGCAUUGGGAUCAGCCUGCUGGUGGCAGGGACUGCGCUGGUGCGGCUGAUCGGCUGGAUCCCCUUCGUGCUGGGCCUACUGGCGCCCGUCGUGCUCAUGCCGCUGAACCUGCUCGCCUCGCGCGCCUACGGGCAAGCUCAAGCAGGGCUAAUGGUUCAGAGAGACGCCAAAGUGACCGCGGCCAGCGAAACGCUGCAGGGAAUCCGACAGAUCAAGUGCGCGGCCAGCGAGCGGCAGUGGCAGGCCCGCUUGAUGGCCAUUCGCGCGCGCGAGUUGCACCACCAGCGCCGCGUCUUCCUCUGGACAAUCAUCCUGCGUCUGUUCUGGAUCUCCUCGCCGAUCCUACUCUCUGUCAUUGCCCUGGCCGCGUACGCAUGGCUCCACGGCUCCCUCGCCCCCUCCGUGGCCUUCACGGCGCUCGCCGUCUUUGGCAACCUCGAGGUCGCCCUCUCGGUCAUCCCUUUCGCGCUGACCCAGGGUUUCGACGCCGCCGUCAGCUGCCGGCGAAUCGAGCGUCUGCUGCGCCAGACAGAGCAGCCCAGGGCGGUGCUGCCCGCAGAGAAAGGGGAGAUUGUGAUUGAGCGGGCUACGAUUGCGUGGCCGGUCGAGCAGCCGCUGCACGACGGUGGCCCGUCCCCGCGCAAAGAUGCGAAUCAGCACUUCCAGCUGCGGGAAGUGAAUGCAGUCUUCCCUAAAGGCGAACUAAGUCUGAUCCAGGGGAAAAGUGGAUCGGGGAAGAGCCUGCUCCUGGCUGCCAUUGUUAACGAGGCGGAGAUCCGCGCCGGAAAGGUUUAUGUUCCAUCCAACCCGCUGGGGCAAGCCCUCACUAAGGCAGAUGACUGGGUGCUUGAUGCCUUGCUCGCUUACCUGCCGCAGCCGCCGUGGAUUGAGAACGCCACGGUGCGCGAGAAUAUCCUUUUCGGCUUGCCCAUGAAUCCUGCCCGGUACGAAGAGACCCUCCGGGCGGCAGCGCUGGUCCAAGAUCUGCAGCAGAUGGAGCGGUCCGAUCUCACUGAGGUCGGCGUCCAGGGCAUCAAUCUGAGCGGAGGCCAGCGAUGGCGGCUCGGGUUGGCGAGAGCCUUGUACUCGCGGGCGGGGAUUUUAGUGCUGGAUGACAUCUUCAGUGCGGUCGACGUGGGCAUCGCGCAGGUCCUGCUGGAGAUGGGUCUCCGAGGACCCCUGGGACAAGGUCGGACCAUUCUCUUGGUGACCCACCAUGAAGCCCUUUGCCUGCCCCAUGCCUCGUACGUACUUCGUAUCCGGGACAGCGGUCAAUGCCAUGGGGCCAGAGUCCCGUCUCCCCAGAUCCAAUUUCUGGGUCCACGGGAGACUCAUCAUCCCGGCCACGCAGUCGGGGUGCCUGCCGUAGCUCCAGAGGAGGCGCUAAGAUACGAAAAUAUGAUGCACUUUGAAAAUUCCUGCGGAGAUGCUGAGGGCAAGCCUGGUCCCACUGGAACGUCUCCUUGGAUUCGCGACGAGUUCCGCGAGCGUGGCUCGGUGAAGUGGCGCGUCUAUAGCCAGUACAUCGCGCACUCAGGGGGUACGCUGGUCUGGGUACUGGCCAUUCUGGUCGUCAUUGCCUCCCAACUGGCCCUGUUUGGCCGCGGGUGGUGGAUGAAGGUCUGGACGCAGUUCAACGAGAGGCUCGGCUCCCCAGCCAUCCAGCUGGGGCCACCGGAUCUGCGGCUGAACUACUAUCUCACCAUCUACGUGGUGAUCUCGCUGUCGGCCAGCGUGCUCGAGGCCGGCAAGUGCGGGUUUGUCUAUGUGGCGGCCCUCAACGCCUCCCACCGCUUGUUUCACUCGAUGCUCGAUGCGAUCCUGCACGCGCCGCUGCGGUGGCUGAACACGGUGCCCACCGGCCAGAUCCUCAACCGGCUGACGGCGGACUUUGCCCUGGUCGACUCGCGUGUCCCCGGAGACACGCACACGCUGCUGUCGGCAGCUACCGCGCUGGCGAUCAUCUGUAUCUCCGGGGUGCUGGUGUCCGCGUGGGUGAUUGUGCUGGAGCUGGCGAUGGUUGGCGGGUGUUUGUUAUAUGUGCGCCGGUUCCUGCCCGCGGCCCGCGACGUCAAGCGCCUCGAAGCCACGGCCAAGUCGCCGAUUUUCGAGCUACACCGGUCCUGUCUGGCGGGGCUGGGAACCCUGCGCGCGUUCGGGGUGGCCGGGCGAUACGCGGAGCGCAUGCUGUGGCUGAUCGACAACCAGGCACGUACGCACUGGGCGUUUGCGCUGAUCACGCAGUGGGCGGCCUGGCGCAUUGGGAUCAUUGGCGCAUUGUUCGGCUUCCUGAUUGUCGUGGCAGUGGCCGCCAAGCACGUCGACGCCCCGUUGGCCGGUUUCAUCCUCACCGUGAGCCUGGAGUACAGCAAGAUGCUGGAGGACCUGAUGCGCCGCGUCAUCAGCCUGCAGCUCAACAUGAGCUCCACGGAGCGGGUGGUUGAAUUUGCCAGCAUCGAGACGGAGAAUCACCUCGGAGGGCGCUCUACAGCCCCCGACUGGCCAGCCACGGGGGCGAUCGCCAUCCACAACCUCUCCAUCAGAUACGCUAACGAACUGCCCUGGGUGCUGCGCGACAUCAACCUCCAGAUAGGCCCGCGCAUGCACGUGGGCGUGAUCGGCCGCACGGGGGCCGGCAAGUCGACGCUGGCGCUGGCUCUGCUUCGGGUUCUGGAGGCCGGCGGUGGCGGCGGAGGCCAUAUCACGAUCGAUGGCAUCGACAUCGCCUCUGUGCCCCUGACAACUCUGCGCUCGCGCAUUGCGCUGGUCCCGCAGGACCCCGUGCUCUACUCGGGCACCGUGCGCAGUAAUCUCGACCCGUUCGGCCACUACAGCGACGGGGAGCUGCACGCCGCGCUGCAGCGCGUGCACUUCUCCCUGGGCCCCGCGCGCGAAGAUGCUGCCGCAUCGGCGGCAGUGCUCAACCAUCCCAUCUCCCCGGGCGGAGCCAACCUGUCCCAAGGCCAGCGACAGAUCCUGUGUCUGGCGCGGGCGCUGAUCACACAGACCCGGAUCGUGGUGCUGGACGAGGCAACCAGCGCCAUCGACCCGGCGACGGACGCGCUGAUUCAACGGGGGAUCCGUGACGCCUUCACGGAGCGCACGCUGAUCGUGAUCGCCCACCGGCUGGCCACCGUCGUCGACUUUGACCGCGUGGUGGUGCUCUCCCAGGGUAUGGUCGAGGAGUAUGGUCCGCCACGGACGCUGUACCAGGCGCCCGGCCCAUUCCAUCACUUCGUGCAAGAGUCAAGGGAUUGUGAGGAAUUGAAGCGGGCGAUGAAUGUCUGA